GCCUGAUUUAGAAAUUGAUUUAAGUCAUGCCAUUUGAACCACUGAUUGCAAGAGCUGUGCAAUAACUGCAGUAUGCGUCUGUUUUUUGUUGUUGCCAGGUACAGAUCUGGAAUAAUUUCUCCAAAAACCACAACUGUGAGACAAGCCAUGGAUGCGUACAUAUUCAUUUUGAGUUUACUCAUAGCAACAUUAGCAUGUCUGUUAGAAACCUGUUGUGCACAACGACAGGCAGGGACACCACAAAUCCAGUUACGAUUGGUUGGGUCGUCAAGAGUUCCGAAUGAAGGUCGUCUGGAGGUGUUCUACAAUGGCAUCUGGGGAACAGUGUGUGAUGAUGACUUCAACAUAGAAGUGGCACAUGUUGUCUGUAAACAACUUGGUUUUGAGAUUGCAAUGAAUUGGGCUCACAGUGCCAAGUAUGGACAAGGCAAAGGCACCAUCUGGCUAGAUAAUGUUCGCUGCUCGGGUACAGAGAGUUCAAUAGCUGAAUGUGAAUCCAAUGGAUGGGGUAUCAGUGAUUGCAAGCACUCAGAGGAUGUUGGCAUACUUUGUUCUGCAAGUCGUGCAUCAGAGCAGACACAAUCAAUCACUGAGCAGUACACAAAGAUAAUUGAGGAAGUGCGAAUAAAACCCAUUUCAGCCCGUGCCAAAGCAAGCAUUCCCGUCACAGAAGGUAUAGUUGAAGUCAAACAUAAAGGCAGAUGGAGGCAGGUGUGUGACCAUGGCUGGACUCUCCAAAACAGCCGAGUCCUGUGUGGCAUGCUGGGAUUUCCUGGAGAGACAAAACCCAAUGAACAGUUUUACAGGAAACUUUGGAAUCUGAAACUGAAAGUUCCCAAAUCUAGGCUAAAAGCCCUAAGCACAAGGAACAUAUUCUGGAUCCACAAAGUCAGUUGUACAGGAAAUGAGCCCCACCUAUCCAACUGCAAAGUACAAAUCUCCCCCCAAAAUCGAAAGCCCGCCUGCAAGAAUGGAAUGCACUCCAUAAUAAAGUGUGUUGCAUCACCUUCCGUUGGCAAUGGCCAGGGAAAUAAUUACAAAAAGGCAUUUAGAACGAUGGAACCUUCGGUGAGACUAAGAUCAGGUCGUCAUCCAGGAGAGGGUAGGGUAGAAGUGCUAAAGAAUGGCAAAUGGGGGACAGUUUGUGAUGACAAGUGGAACCUUAUUUCAGCCAGUGUCGUAUGCCGGGAGCUGGGAUAUGGAUCUGCCAAGGAAGCCAUUACUGGAGGCCAGCUUGGACAAGGUCUUGGCCCUAUACACAUGAAUGAAGUUCUGUGCACAGGGCAAGAAGAGUCUAUCACUGAAUGCAAGUUUAAAGAAGCCCGUCUGGCAGGUUGUCAGCAUGAAGAAGAUGCAGCUGUGAGGUGUAACAUGCCUAAUAUGGGGUAUCGAGAGCAGGUGCACCUCAGUGGUGGCAGGUCAAAUGAAGAGGGCAUUGUGGAGGUACUGAUUGAAAAUAAAGGAGUUAAAAAGUGGGGAACCAUAUGUGGAGACAAGUGGGGUAUGAAUGAAGCCAUUGUGGUGUGCAGACAACUGGGACUGGGAUUUGCCAGUCAUGCUAUACAGGAGACAUGGUACUGGCAAGGGACACAGGGAGCUGGGGAGGUGGUAAUGAGUGGUGUGCGCUGCUCUGGCACAGAGAUGUCUAUUCAUCAGUGCCAACAUCACAGUGUCAUUCAUUGUCCUAGAGGAGGAGGGCGCUUUUCUGCCGGCGUCACCUGUACAGAGAAUGCGCCAGAUCUUAUAUUGAAUGCGCAACUGGUUCAGGAAUCAGCAUAUCUUGAAGACAGACCACUUAGCAUGCUUAAGUGCGCUCAUGAAGAGGAAUGCCUUUCCAGCUCAGCAGAUGACAUGGAUUGGCCUUAUGGGCACCGUAGGUUACUUCGCUUCACCUCUCAAAUCCAAAACAACGGGAGGGCAGAUUUUACCCCGAGGAAUGGGCGACACACCUGGGUCUGGCAUGAGUGCCACAGACAUUACCACAGUAUUGAAGUUUUCACCCACUAUGACCUGCUCACACUGAAUGGAUCUAAGGUUGCUGAAGGACACAAAGCGAGUUUUUGCCUGGAAGACUCAAACUGUGGCAAAGGAAUACAAAGGCGUUAUGAAUGUGCCAAUUUUGGAGAACAAGGAAUUGCUGUUGGUUGCUGGGACACAUAUAGACAUGACAUUGACUGCCAGUGGGUAGAUAUUACAGAUGUCCUUCCAGGUGACUAUAUAUUCCAGGUGAUCUUAAACCCAAAGUUUGAGGUGGCAGAGUCAGAUUUCAGGAACAAUGUGAUGAGAUGUCGAUGUAAGUACGAUGGCCAUCGCAUCUGGAUGCACAAUUGUCACACAGGUGAUGCAUACAGCACAGACCUGGAAGAAAGUUUUGAGCACCAGCUGAGACUCUCUAACAACCUUAUCUAAUACUGUUUACAAAGAAGAACAAUAUCAACUAAGUGGAAAAUUAUCUAAAUAUUUAAACACAUUGUCUAAAGAUUGCUAAAAGGGAGGACCACAUUUUGUUUAUUUAGAAUAUUACAAUGCCCUUUUUGGUACACAUCCCUAAAGGUGGCGACCAGUCAUCACCCAGUAGCAUGAAUUAUAGUUGCUUUAAAUUUGCACAAUAUCUAGAACUUUUUCAGACCAGAAAAAAAAUCUAACAUUUUUGUAAUAGUUUAAUCAUUCCUGAGGAGACUACAAGAACAAGGACAGACAUCUGCUGAUAAGGGACACACUGAUGAAGAAUUUAUUUUUGUUUACGCCUAUUUAUUAUUAGGCCUGUAUAACUGCAUUGCAUGUAUUGAUUUCAGAAGGGGCUAAAGUGAGAACUGCUUUACCCCAGAACAAAAUAGCUUGUGAUUUUUAAUGUUGUUACAAUGGACUGUAUGCCUCAGCGGCGGAGAGAAAAAAAUGCAGAACACUUUAUUUGUUUUAUAAAAUGUGUAUCAUAUUAUAUAACAUUGAAAGUCCCCAACCGGUGGCAUUCAAUCACAGGGCAGUGAAAGAGAGGUGUAUCAUUUACACCACUCAACAGUAGUUACCCCACUGACAUAGCCCACAGAAACCCAACCCAUAUCUGUUAACUGGCUCUCUAAUAUCUACACCCAGCUCAGAUGUUCCUUUUGCCAUGUCAGACCUCAUAAGUAGGGCUGCCACCAAAAUUAAUGGGACACCAGAUAUUUAUUAUAUUGAUAAUAACCAGGGGCUCCCUGUUGAAGGUGGGUUUACAAACUGAGUGUAAUAGGGCACCAGUUUUUAAAAAUGGUGUAUAAAUAGGUCAUGUCCUGUUACUACCAGACAUGUCCCAGAUCUUCCCCAAACACAAACUACUAACUAAAAAGCUCUGCCAACAAACUUAGGGGCCACAGCAAUGUAACACUCCUCAUCAUGAUACUGUCAGGACCCCUAUCUUCCCCGAUGGCAUCUCAUGAUCUGCACUUCAAAUGUCAACUGCAAUUGACAGAACUCACAUGAUGAAACUAUGGCUAAUUUUUACUUAAUUAGGGCCAUAAAAUGGGGUUUUCAUUAAAAUACCCUUGAUAGGACUAAUACUGAUCUUUGUUUCAGAACUACAAGCACCAAGUCUUGUACCAGCUUACAGAGAAUGCUGGGGAUUGCACCUUUAGAGAACAACUGGCUGAAGAAUUUUUUCUUAUGCCGUUUGGAACCAACAUUUAUUUAAAACUAAUUUGCUGUUAGGAUGACAAACAAGUGGAGGGAAACACUAAAGUAAGAAGAUAAAUACAGAUUUAAGUAGUCUUUAUAGCCAGUGUUUUUGUUCUGUUUUAAUUUGUACAGUAAAUUUAUAUUAAAAUAUAAACUUUUAUUCAGGGAAACAUAUCCUCAUAUCUAGUGAUGUUUUUGGUUAAAGGCACAGCAUACACCCAAGUUUUGUAUUGUGAAAGCAGCAAAGAAAGAGUUCUCUAAUGUUUGAUAGUGGUGAAGCGAACAUUCCAUCUUUUUCAAGAUGAUUAGCCCAUUGAGGGUACUAAUUCACUGGAGUCUCUAGAAGGGAUUGGUCUUCGUAAGAGACUGAUUCACAGCAAUUUUUGGAUAUAGAUUCUAAAGGCUUCAUACUUAAUCUGCUGGAGACAAUACUAAAUACCGUACCAAUAGAUUUCUUUUAUUCAUGUGGUGAACUUGUUUGAAGCUAUGUACCAUGUACUUAGCCAAAAGGUUUCCCCUGGAAUUCCAUGGCUCUGCACUAUUUGUGCAUUAAGGUGUAAGCACUGGAACUGUGGGCUGAAUGAAUCCAUUUCUACUAUUCUAUAAGACCCAAUGGUGUAACUACCAUAGAGCAGACCCCACAGCUGAUGUUGAUGUCCCAGUAUGGUAUAGAGUUCAGUGCAAACGAGGGUGUGAGCCAUCCCCGCUACCUCGAGUGGUAAGGUCCCAGAUGGAGAGCCACUAAAAAAACAUUAGAAAAAAAAGCUAUUUUGGUGGUACACCUUUGUGAGUGUCCUUUAAAACUCCAGUAAGACCAAAAAUGAAAAUAUUUAAAUUACUUUUUGUUUCUU